CACCGCCGAGAAGCUGCUGCCACCGCCGUUGUCGUCGUUGUCACCCCGGGGUCGUCCGCCGAGCUCUCCACCGAUUAUUCGGAGCUACCGUCCCCUCUCAUUCCGCGUUAUCCCCGGUCUAUAGUUGCUCCCUGCAACUUCAGCUGCUGCUGACAGAUGCCGUGCUUCACACAUCAGCCUUGUCGUUACCAGAUCUAAGCAAGCUCAUCCUUGGUCCUACCAUGACGCUUGUCUCCGACCAAGUACGGCGGCUCGAUGCCUACCUUGACCGUCUCCCAGUUUUAUCCGAAGUUGCUUCAGAGGAUGAUCAAUCAGAGACUGAAGAGCAUGGGUUUGCUGUAGCUACUGCCUUCUCAUCCCCGCGUCUUGAUCAUUUGCUCCGUACCAUUCAGUCAUUGAGUACUACAUCAUCCUCGCAACCUCUUCUGCCGGCAUGGCGCAUCAGGGAUCUUCUCAUAUCAUCUGAUAUCCCUGCAUCUGCACACCUCUCUGUGAGAGAGGCACAACCAGGUGAUGAGGUUAAAAGCCCUUAUGAGAAUGAGCUCGAGUGGCUGCUUGUGAGCAAGGCCACCAUUCAACUUCAUGGUGUUGUUCUUAACACACUCCUGGAUCAAAUUGUUCCCCUCAAUGAUGACAUCUGGUACUGGGAUGAUGUUUUAGGCUCGUAUUCCUACAGCAGCCUCUAUGCUGUCCAGAGCUCGCCUUUGCGUGUCUGGGCAUGGUCCCAAGAAGUCUACACUGCAACCAAGUUACGCAUUCAAGCUGGUUCUCUUCAUCAUGCCCCGGGUGAACUCGUAGAUUCUACGACGUCAAGUUUGUCGCAGCAGUGGACGCAGUUUUAUAGUAUUGUGCAUGAUAGUAUCCGGGAACGAUCAAUUGCCAACAUUCAACGGAGAGUUUUGUCGCCUGUUGCGUUAUCUCGAUCCGAGGCACGACGCAAACAGGCACAGCUCAAGAAACUUCGUGAGAUAACGGCAAGCGGACUUGGCGUACUGAUGGAUGAAGGUCUGCAAUUCGGUCUGGACGACGAUAAGGCUGAGCUUCAGGACCACCACGAUCUUAAGGGCGUUGUCGAACGUAGUGUUGCGCUCAUCGAUAUGGUUCUCAAGGAAGUCUCUACUCUGGACGUCAAUAUUAGCGAUUUUGAGGACAAGGUUUUUGCUGGUGUCGAGGAAGACCCUGAGCUUUCUGUUCACAUCGAAGAGAGCAACACCGCUGAUCGUCCAGCCAUUCUAGCCCGACGACUGCUCACCAUUAUCGACAAGUCCCUUCCUGAACAUCUCACUGCAAUGCACGCCCUGGCUAAGGAAAAUGGUCGACCUUCGACUCUGAUCAGAUACUGGCUCCCUGCGAUUGUUGGUCUUCUCUCUUCGACAACCGUCUUGCGUAUUCUGGUCAACCGGAAGGCUGAUAUCAUCGAAUGGUUCGUUGGAUUUGGUGAAACUGUUCGUGAUUUCUGGUUCAACUGGGUUAUCGAACCGACGUCAAAGAUUAUCUCAACUAUUCGACACGACAAAACCAGCGAGAUCGCCAUCAUGAGUAGGGACAGCCUAAAGGCUGACCGUGAGAGUCUCGAGCGUAUGGUGGUUGACUUUGCCCUCGACAAGCCUCACUUUGCCAAUGAAACCGGAAGCACCUUGACCGAGACCCAAGUUGCUGACAUCCGACACAAGGUUGCUGAAGGUGAUGUUACCCCGGUACUUCGAGCGUUCGAGAAGGACCUGCGAAGCCCUUUCAUGGGUACUAUCCGUGGAGAUCUCGUUCGAUCACUCCUUAUUCAGGUUCAGAAGACAAAGGUCGACCUUGAGGUCGCCAUGACCGGCAUUGACUCCCUUCUCAAGAGCCAGGAACUUGUCUUCGGUUUCGUUGGUCUUACUCCCGGUGUCCUCGUCUCUUAUAGCAUGUUCCAGUACCUGCGCGGUGUUUUUGGCGGCCGCUCUGGCCAACGCCAAACCCACAAAGCUGGCAAGGCCAUCCGUGUCCUCCGCAACGUAGACCGCAUUCUCUCCGAGGCCCGACCGACAGAGACCAACCUUCUCUCAUAUAAGGACCACGGUCUCUUGCUUUCUGAAGUUCAUAUUCUGAGGGAUCUCGUUGAUAAGCUCAUGCCCCGUGAGAUCGCGAGGGAGUUCCUUGAGGAUCUUGAUGAUUUGUCAAACAUGAAGGGUAUCCAGCUGCAGACCAGGGCACUGGAGCGUAUUCGUUGGGCUUAUGCGAGAUGGCUUCAUUAGGCCAGUCAUGAAAGGUGUUUGUCA